GCCUUUUUAUCAUUUGAGCUACAGCCCCUCGCUCAGAAACAAUUACAGUUAAACUUGUUAAACCGUCUUAGGUAUAUAGAGGUUAUCCCCGCAGCCAAACAGGGGGAGCAACUGUAGGGUCUUUACCAGGAGAGGACACGGAACAGAAGGCCUGGGAAGAGUCUGAAUCCACACAAACUGCGAUCUCUGUCUCCCCCUCUCCUACGAGUCUCCCGCUCUGUUUACGUUGGUCUGUAACUGGAAGUAACUGCGAAGCCGAAUGGCGGAAGCUAAAGAGUCCACGUCGAGUCCGCUGGCGCAAGCCGACUCUGAAGAUGUUCCCAAGUCUCCUCCAAGCUCCCCCAACUCCUCCACUCGCGAGGCAUGCUAUGCAGUGCUCCAGAGUUGGGUCUCAAAGAAAUUCAUGACCGGAUGCAUGGUUCUCUUUCCUGUCGCUGUAACAUUCUUCAUCACUUGGUGGUUUGUUCAGUUUGUGGAUGGUUUCUUCAGUCCAAUAUAUGCCAGGCUUGGGGUUAGCAUAUUUGGCCUAGGAUUUGUCACAUCCCUUGCCUUUAUAUUCUUAGUCGGUAUAUUUGCUUCAUCAUGGAUGGGUGCAACAGUUUUCUGGAUUGGGGAAUGGUUCAUAAAACGAAUGCCCUUUAUGAAGCACAUAUACUCAGCCUCCAAACAAAUUAGCUCUGCAAUCUCUCCAGACCAAAAUACCACUGCAUUUAAAGAGGUUGCAAUUAUCCGUCAUCCUCGGCUUGGUGAAUAUGCAUUUGGUUUUAUCACAUCAUCUGUAACCCUUCAGAGGGAUGAUGGAGAUGAGGAGUUGUGUAGUGUUUAUGUCCCAACAAACCAUCUAUACAUUGGCGAUAUUUUUCUUGUCAAUUCUGAAGAGAUCAUACGGCCAAAUUUGUCCGUGCGGGAAGGGAUAGAGAUCAUAAUUUCAGUCGGUAUGACGAUGCCACAGGUGAUAUCUCCAAUUGAAAGGAUUCCUCCUCGUCAAAAUGAUAGGAUACCAUUGAACAGAAUGGUGUCCCUGUAAAAAAAAAAAACAGAAGAUCUGGAAGGCUUAUAGGGCAGGUGCAGACGCACACAAUGUGGUGUUUCUGAUAUGGAUCGCAGCGGUUGUGCGUGAUAAGAUAGAAUACCGCUAGACAUGAGAAAAGCUAGAAUACCGCGAGACCUGAGGAACUUUAAGUUGUUCUUUGAUUCUGGGCUGGGGUUUCCAAUCGAAUUUUGUUCCUGCCAUUGUAUGUGUUAUGUAGGUUACCUAAUGUAUGUUGAGCACUCUUUUUCAAUGCUAUGAUGUAUAUUCA